UUACUAUAAAUAAAGGCAAGGGGGAGCUGAGGGUAGGCUUGAAGCAGCAGCGCAAGAAAGUCUGAAUCGCUUCUUUUGCUCUCUUACUGGAGCUUUUCCUCUGUUGCUUUUUCUUCACUCCCCACUUUUAGCUGAACACCAAAGGAUAGCGGAAACUCUGAACGCAUCGGCGGCAAAAUCAUGGUGGGAACGCCGUAUUCUAUAUCCUCUUCCUCCACCUCUUUCGGUUCGUUAGAUGAUAUCAGUACCGUCAAGCCCUGCAGCACCGUCAAAUUCGUCUGCAGCUACGGCGGACGCAUCCUCCCCCGUUACCCAGAUGCGAAACUCCGUUACAUCGGCGGCGAGACACGCGUGAUCUCUGUCGAUCGCUCCGUUUCCUUUUCAGAGCUACAGGCGAAAAUGGGGCAGAUCUGCGGAUGGGAUGCGGUGAAUCUGAGAUGCCAGCUUCCUAAUGAGGAUCUCGAUGCGCUCGUCUCCAUAACCUCAGAUGAGGAUCUCGCAAAUCUCAUCGAGGAAUAUGAUCUAGUAAGCCGGGAUCGGCAAUGCCCUUUUAAGAUCCGCGCGUUUCUGCAUCCCCCGACGAUUAAAUCUCCGAAAUCCGCAAAUCCGGAGCCGAUUCCAGCGUCGCUGAAAGGCAAACCGCCUUUGAGGAAACCCGUUCACGCUCUUGCCGACCGGUGCAUCCACCAGACCGGCUCGACAGCCAGGUUCUCCGUUCGAUCCGGCCACUCCGGCGGCAAGCACUUGUUCCAUGGGCAUCAGGCUCAUCAUGGGAUCCCUCUUCCGUCGUAUCGUCAUCUUAUUCACCACGGGAACCAUUGGCAAUAAUGGUUUGAUGUGGCGAGAAAGUAGGAAAAAUGAGAUUGUGUAUAAUUUAUUAACGGCGGAAGGGUGAUUUCGUCUUUGAUGAAGCUUUGCAUAUUAUUCGCUUAAUUGGAGGCGAACCUUUAGAUAGUUUGAACACGAUUCUACUUUUAGAAAAUAAAAAAUUAUGCUCGUACUACCAAUUU